UUAAAAAACAUUUUCUUUCUGUCACGAAAAAGUAUAAUAAUACGUGAAGCAAAGUUCUGAGAGAGGAGAGAGAAAAUUUGAAGAUUGCGCAUUUCGUGCCCCCAUCUUUAGUUUUCUGCCCCAAUUUUUUUGCAUCAAAACCAAAUUAGGGUUUUUGCAUUUGUCCAGUUUUUGUUUCUGAUCUGUUACUUCAUAUAUUGGAUUUUGAUUUACGCUAUCACAUUUCUGGAAAGAGAUAUUUAGAUCGUCGUUGAAUCUGAAUUUGGAAUUUCGAGUGGUCGUUGCACAAUCAGACUUCGCUGAGAGUUGUUUGGAAAGUUUUGUGGAAAAUUCUUGUGGAACCAAUUUUGAUGUUUUGCUUUGGUUUCGAAUUUUCACCGACUUUUGGGUAACUUAGAUCUUGAAAUUGGCUCCCCAACGUCGGUCACAGCGCCACAUGGGUGGCCAGAUGCAACAGAGCAAUGCUGCAGCCGCGGCAGCUCUGUACGAUCACCCCGGUGCUGCCGGUGGGUCCCUUUACAAUGGGGGUUCCACUAGUGAUGCCGGCGAUGCUGUCAUGGCUCGCUGGCUCCAGUCCACCGGGUUGCAGCAUCUGGCCUCUCCUUUAGCUUCCAACCAUAUGCCUAAUCUUCUCAUGCAGGGCUAUGGAGCUCAAUCUACGGAGGAAAAGCAAAGGCUUUUCAAAUUAAUGAGAAACCUGAAUUUUAACGGGGAAUCUGGUUCAGAGCCAUAUACUCCUACUGGCCAGAGUGUGUCUGCAGAGGGUUUCUACUCUCCUGAGUUCAGAGGGGAUUUUGGUGCUGGGCUUUUGGACCUGCACGCUAUGGAUGACACAGAACUUCUGUCUGAGCAUGUUUUCUCAGAGCCAUUUGAGCCCUCACCUUUCAUGCCGAGUUCAACUGCGUCAUUUGACGGUGACAACAAUUUGAUCAGCAACAAACAACUAAGAGGACAAGGGCAAGCUGAUGCAGAUGCUCCUUCUGUGUCGACUGCAUUUGAUAAAGGGACUGUUCCAAAAGAAAAUAACGUGGCCAAGUUAAGAGUUGUGGUGCGCAAAAGGCCUUUGAACAAAAAAGAGCUUUCUCGGAAGGAGGAUGACGUAGUUACUGUUUAUGACAAUGCCUUGACUGUUCAUGAACCUAAACUGAAGGUGGACUUAACAGCAUAUGUUGAGAAGCAUGAAUUUUGUUUUGAUGCUGUUCUGGAUGAGCAUGUAACAAAUGAUGAGGUAUACCGUGGUACUGUUGAACCAAUCAUUCCAACCAUAUUUCAGCGUACGAAGGCAACUUGCUUUGCUUAUGGUCAAACUGGUAGUGGUAAGACAUUUACCAUGAAACCUUUACCUAUCAGGGCUGCUGAAGAUCUUCUGAGAUUGUUGCACCAACCUGUUUAUCGUAAUCAAAGAUUCAAAUUGUGGCUAAGUUACUUUGAGAUUUAUGGAGGCAAAUUGUUUGACCUCCUAUGUGAUAGAAAGAAACUCUGUAUGAGGGAAGAUGGACGACAGCAAGUCUGCAUUGUUGGACUGCAAGAAUUUGAAGUUUGUGAUGUGCAAAUUGUUAAAGAGUAUAUUGAAAGAGGGAAUGGUACCAGAAGUACAGGCUCCACAGGUGCCAAUGAGGAAUCUUCAAGGUCACAUGCUAUCCUUCAGCUUGUUGUGAAGAAGCACAGUGAAAUAAAGGACACAAGACGAAAUAAUGAUGUUAAUGAAGCUAAGAUUGGAAAGGUUGUAGGAAAAAUUUCUUUCAUUGAUUUAGCGGGAAGUGAAAGAGGUGCAGAUACGACUGAUAAUGAUCGACAGACAAGGAUCGAGGGAGCUGAAAUUAAUAAAAGUCUUUUGGCUCUUAAAGAGUGUAUUCGUGCACUUGAUAAUGACCAAAAUCAUAUUCCAUUUCGAGGGAGUAAACUCACUGAGGUUCUUCGUGACUCCUUUGUUGGCAAUUCAAAGACUGUCAUGAUAUCUUGCAUUUCUCCAAAUGCUGGAUCAUGUGAACACACCCUUAAUACUUUGAGAUAUGCUGAUAGGGUAAAGAGUCUUUCAAAAAGUGGGAAUGUGAAGAAGGACACAUUGCAGAGUUCAGUAGCAACUGUAAAUAAGGAAUCUUCAUCUGUGCCAAGUACGCAUGUUUUUGCUGACGUGGAGGUUGUUCAGGAGCAUCCAGAAGCUAGAUUAGCUGAUGUCAGUAGAAAAGCUGUAGAGAAAGAAAACUUUUCCUACAACCCGUCAUCGGAUUUUCCUUCAAGUUACAACUACAAUGGAAGGAGUGUGAAUGGAACUGCUUCUGGAUCAAGUGAUGGAGAGAAAUUUGAGAGGAAAAGCACUUACGGUGGUUCGUCAAGUCAGAAGACUUACUCGUUACCUGCCCAGAAUUCUGCUGAUGUAGAAGAAAACAUUCAGAAGGUAUCCCCUCCUCGCAGAAAAAUCUCAAGUAGGGAUGAAAGAACGGAAAAGCUUGGAAACUGGCUUAAGGAGGGGGAUGAUCCAUCAACCACGACUCAUAAAUCUCAAAGUACGAGUACUGCAAAUGCAAACAAUGUCCAACCAAGGCAUUAUGGACCUAAAUCCAUUGCGAAUGAUGGAAAUAUUGAUGCGAUACUGGAGGAGGAAGAAGCCCUAAUUGCUGCGCAUCGGAAGGAAAUAGAAGAUACGAUGGAGAUUGUUCGUGAAGAAAUGAAACUGUUGGCUGAAGUUGAGCAGCCAGGGAGUCUAAUUGACAAUUAUGUAACCCAACUAAGUUUUGUGCUCUCGCGGAAGGCUGCUGGUCUUGUUAGUUUGCAGGCUCGGCUUGCCAGAUUUCAGCAUCGGCUUAAAGAGCAGGAAAUUCUUAGCCGGAAGAGAGUUCCACACUAGCCAAGCUGUCUCUCUUGCUGUGUUCUAUGAUCGAGGAAGUAGUGAUGUGUGUAUCCUGAUUCCUGACCAAGCUUCUGCCACAGGGAACUGUGUGGAAAGAUUUGUGUUUGUUGUGGAAGAUAAUAUUCUUGUAGCCAAUUGUAUUAUUUUAAUGUGGUCUAAUGUGAUGUUAUAGAAAGGCUUGUGUGCGGUUGAUGAAGGGUGAUAGGAGGGAUGAUUAUGCGACACUUAUGUUUUAGUAUGAGAAGUGGGAAGAAAUGGUUUUAAUCAUUAUGUUCUUUAAUUCAUUGAGUUCCAAUAUCUCUUGUAAUUUGCAUAUAACCACAAUGAUAGGAAAAAUAAUAUUGGAGAACCUUCAGUUUACCUGAUAAACUUUCUCUUGUUUCAGAA